AUGUCGGUGCGCCUCGACACGACCGACGCGCGCUUCGUUGACGUCAUCCACACCGACGGCACGUCCAUCUUUCUACUUGGGUACGGCAUGUCGCAGCCCUGCGGACACGUCGACUUCUACCCGAACAACGGCAAGGAGCAGCCAGGGUGCUCCGGCACCGACGCGCCUCUGCCACUCACGCUCAUCCGCGAGGGCCUGGAGGAGGCCAGUCGCGUGCUGGUGGCGUGCUCGCACGUGCGAGCCAUCAAGCUCUUCACCGACUCCAUCAACACCCCGUGCCCUUACAUCGCCCACAAGUGUGACUCCUACGAACACUUCCUUGAGUGUGGUAACCUCAUAACUGAAGUGGAGCAGUUCAGUCCAAUUGUGUCCUAUAUUUUGUUUAGUUUUGUUGCUGCAAAACCGCCCUGUACAUUUUUUGGUUUGUCCUCCACUGCCACUCAGGGUCAACUCCUCCGAGUGCAGAACGAGAAGACGAUCCUCAAGUCAAACUUCGAUCCCAAAAAGGAAACCAAAAUGAUAAUCCAUGGCUUCAUUGAUACGCCGCUCAGCUCUUGGGUGAAGGAGAUGAGAAGAGAGCUGCUCAAGAACUCCGACUGGAACGUGGUGGUCGUGGACUGGGCAGGCGGCUCCCUGCCACUCUACACGCAGGCCACGGCCAACACGCGGCUGGUCGGGCUGGAGGUGGCGUACUUCGUCAACUACUUGCAGGAGCACAUGGGCCUGGACCCGGGCAAGGUGCACAUGAUCGGGCACAGCCUGGGCGCGCACACGGCAGGCUACGCCGGCCAGCGCAUCUCGGGGCUGGGCCGCAUCACGGGGCUGGACCCCGCGGAGCCCUACUUCCAGGGAAUGCCCAUGUCGGUGCGCCUCGACACGACCGACGCGCGCUUCGUUGACGUCAUCCACACCGACGGCACGUCCAUCUUUCUACUUGGGUACGGCAUGUCGCAGCCCUGCGGACACGUCGACUUCUACCCGAACAACGGCAAGGAGCAGCCAGGGUGCUCCGGCACCGACGCGCCUCUGCCACUCACGCUCAUCCGCGAGGGCCUGGAGGAGGCCAGUCGCGUGCUGGUGGCGUGCUCGCACGUGCGAGCCAUCAAGCUCUUCACCGACUCCAUCAACACCCCGUGCCCUUACAUCGCCCACAAGUGUGACUCCUACGAACACUUCCUUGAGGGGAAAUGCUUCAACUGCGUGGGCAACUCCAGCAACUGCGCGCUCAUGGGCAUGCACGCCACCGAGACGCCCGUCGGGCCUCCAGGGAGCAAAUAUUACGUCGCCACCGGGAAAGAUUCGCCAUUCUGCCGCCGGCAUUACCGCAUCACCGUCCACCUGGCACGACCGCCGCGGGCCGAAUCCUGGGUCCAAGGCUUCAUGAAGGCGACGAUCCACAGCGAGAACGGUGUCGCCCGCAACCUGGACCUCACGCCGAGCGGGUACGUGCGCCUCGAGCACGGUGAGGCGCGCAGCUUCGUCGUCACGCACCCCAUGGACAUGGGCCCCGUGCGGCGCGCCGAGCUCUACUGGGAGUACGACAUGGACGUGCUUCAGCCACGCUCGCUCUGCUUCUUCUGGUGCAACGACCACCUGUACGUGUCGCACGUACAGGUGCAGAGGCUGGACAUGGAGCUGGCGGGGCCCGAGGACGGCGCCCGCGGCAAGAGGAACGUGGAGCCCGCGCCGCAGCUAUGCACCGUGGGCUCCAGGGAGUACGCCGACAUCGCCUCCCGCUCGUCGGCCACCUUCUAUGACAACUGCGGCACCACCAAGGGCAACCGACACUACACGGAGACCAACGAGGACACGUGAUGGUGAUGAAGUGAUUGUGUGUGUGUGUGUGUGUG